AAAGUCACACUGCAAGGCCAAGAAGUGUUCUAUUUUCUCAUUGGAGAUCCUACAGCAGUAUGCACUCUAGUCGUAUGGGAGAAUGGUAAAUACUUUAAAGAAGGCGAUGUCAUAAGGAUUACGAAUGGCGAAGUAAGACUAUACGGGGGAAAAAUGGAACUAACAGCGGUAAAAAAUAGCGGAACAGUCAAACGCUAUGAUCAGUACUGCUUUAAGUUUGUGGAUUCAGAAGAGCCUAAUCUAUCUAAAUAUGACUGGAUCGAAGAUCCGGACAGUAUGGAACCAAAGACGCACUUUAUCCCAGUGUAUGGCCCAGAGCAAACACCUGCCUUUCCUAAACCCGAACAACCACCAAUAACACCAUCACAGAUUUUACCACCAUCUUCACAACAGCAGGAACAGCAACAAAAUCGGCAACCAAACCUUCCCCCAGCUUCGUCAUCAUCACAGGGUCCUCCACGAAAAAACUCGCCGCAUCGAUUUAAUUCUGAUGGUCAACGGUCAUCACGUCGUCCAUCCGGAUAUCAGCCAUAUCGAAAAGAUGUAACUCGCGGAGUAAACACUAAUCGCUCGCGACCACAAGAGCUACGUGACUAUGAUCGUCGCGAUUAUGACAGACGAGAUAGUCGUGAUGGUCGAGAUAAUCGUGGUAAUAUGAAUAGUGGUGCUGGUGGCGGUGGGAGAGAUUUUGUGCAUCGUGAUCUAGAUAGACCAGAAGAUGAGCAAAUGAGUUAG